AUGAUGAAGGAGACUAUCAGCGAUCGAAACCAGAUCAGACCGCAUCCUUACUUCACGACGAAACUUCACAAGUUCAAGUGUCAGAAAUUGGACUACUGCGUCGCGGAUGAUCUCUUCCAUUUGUAUCCAAGUAUUCUUGCGCUCGGGGUUGUUCUCAUUGAGAUUGCAACCAAACAGCCUUUCCGACCGGAGAGCCCCCAUUACAUCUGGGACGAAACCACGAUCAAUGAUUACUACGAGUGGGCAUGGACCACGGCAAAUCUCAGUAAACUGAGGAACACAAUCGGAGCUGCUUAUGAAUCAGUAGUCAACAACUGUCUCGACAGCGAACUAUUCAGACUCGACUCCAUUGACCCGUCGAGAUCCGACAACGAUCUUCAAAGCAGACAGUCUAUUCUCUAUGAAAAGGUCGUGCUGCCUCUUCAGGAGCUAUAUCAUGCCUACAAAGAUGACUGGGAAAUCCAGGAUAUCUCCAGGUCGGUACUUACCCUCCCUAGAAACUUCCAAGCCAACUUGAACCUAGGGUCGAUGUAUAUUACUAACCAAGCCCAACGGGACGAGGCCGAGAACUCCGAAGUGACAACCGCAACGCAAACCUUCCCGCAUAUAACAACGCUUCAAUCAGAUCCUCCCUCUGCAAUGCCAAAUCCAAUGGAUUACAAUGUAGGUUGGAUUUGCGCCAUAACUACAGAAUACGUCGCCGCCCAGGCAUUUCUCGACGAAAGGCAUGACUGGCCCGGGUAUUUUCCGCCUCUUACCAAAAAUGACUACACUUUGGGUAGAAUUGGGAAGCACAACGUCGUCAUCUCUGUUCUUCCAAUGGGAGAGUAUGGCAUCUCCUCGGCAGCACGAGUGGCGGAGGAGAUGACGCAUAGCUUCCCAAACAUUCGCAUUCGUCUCAUGGUCGGUAUCGGUGGUGGCGUGCCAAGCUCAAAGCAUGAUAUCCGCCUCGGAGAUGUGGUAGUCAGCAUUCCCAACAAUGGCCAGGCCGGUGUGCUUCAGUAUGACUUUGGCAAGUCGAUACAAGGCCAAAGCUUCAAGAUGACUGGUCGCCUCGACCAGCCACCCACUGCCUUACGUUCCGCCGUAGGUGGACUAGUAGCUCAGUAUGAGAGCAAAGGCCACCAGCUUCAGAAUACAGUUGACGAAGCCCUAAAAGAAGACCCCACGUCUACAAAAAAGAUAUGGUCGCCCGGAUCCAGCUAG